AUGGCACAGAUUAGGGACAUCGACAACCUACUACCCACAAAGAAUGGACAAGUAGAAGCCACAAAUAAGACCUUAUUGAGGAUGUUGAGUAAAACAAUGGCUGAUAACCAAAAGGAUUGGUCAGAAAAGAUGUUAGAAACCCUUUGGGCUUAUCGCACCACUAUUAGGAAAAGCACACAGGCAUUACCUUACUCCUUAGUGUAUGGCCAAGAAGUAGUGUUGCCGGCAGAAAUACGGGUAGUGUUCGCUCGUAUAUCUUUUGCAAUGGGAAUAAAGAUCAGACAUGAGGACAUAAACCACCUAGUAGCAGACAAGCUAGAAGCCAUAGAUGAGGACUAG